AUGCUCCUAUCCCCCGGCAGUCAGGCCCUCCCAGAGCGGUCCUUCGACACGUCCGAAAAGUCAUACUCUGGCGUGCGAAACACGCGCGAGCACAGUUACCCUACAAGCCAUCCCUCAGUAAAGUCCGAAUCCGAGAACUCGUCGCUGCGACCGAGCCAUUCCGAUAUCGCUGUUGGCAUCUCAUUGUACUUUGAGUUCUGCCAUCGACAGCCAAUAUGGUGUUUUGAGCGCGACGAGGUCAGGGAUUUUGGGUCUAUGCAUGAUGAGCUUGCUUGCAGCAUUCUCGCCUUGACGUUGCGAUUCUCUGACAAUGGGGAUCAGGCAAAGUUGUACGCCAACAAUGCCAAGAGUCUCAUCAUGCUGAGGAUCGCAAAUGGGACUGUAGAUCUUGCGACGCUUGAGAGUCUCUGUCUUCUGUCCUAUUCUUCAUUCAUCGACGGUAAUGUUCACCUUGGCCAAUUCCACCUCGGCCUUGCGCAUCAAUUAUGUCGCUCUGCGAUGCUGGACGUCGAGACCGUUUACGGCAUGGAAGAUCCCAUGUCGGACCGCAAGAAGAGGCUAUUCUGGAGUCUACAGAUGCUUGAGCAAUCCUACGGCCGACAAGAAGGUCUUUUGAGCGUACCAACAGAGAUCUGGCGCCCGGCCUAUUCCACUACUCGAGGCCCAAUGCCAGACCCAAGAGCGCCGACUCUCCCCAGGGAUGAUCUCGGUUGCCAGCACCAGAACGAACCUGGUAUCUGGAACACCAGCGUUCAUCUCGGCUGGGUCUGGAGUCAAGUGCGAAAAUACGUCUCCGACUGCUCACACAACAACAUCAAGGAGCCUUGGCGACAUGACUCGAUGUACGCCAAAGUCCUCGCCGACUUUAUGGAGACGGAGAACAGGAUACCCAUGUGCCAUCGCUAUGACACUGUCAAAUUCUACGAGCGUAAGGUCGAGGACCUAAAGAUGCAUCGCGAUUACUGGGCGCCGUGGUUGAAGGAACAGUUCACAUACCACGUCAUUCCGACUGUAUUGAACCAUCCUUUCUUGUACAUCGUGGGAGCCCAGCACAACCCCAACCUCGCCAUCCCAAACACUUUUUGGAGGCGAUCGUCAGAAUUGGCACUUCUACAUUCCACAUGGAUCGUUCGCAUGAUCGACAUGGUCGUCGAUAAGCAAGUACCGCUUGCAGAUCCUUUCUUCGGCCACGUCGCUGCCAUUGCGGCGACGGACCGCAAUCUUGACAAGAUGACGCGCAUCGCUGCAGGUACAUCUGAUAGCAUGGACGUUGAAGACUGGAUGCCCUCAAAGAUCUACCUCAGCGUCCCUCUCAUGUGGAAGAUCCUCCAGUUCAACACCUUUGCAGACUCUCACGAGCUCCCAACAGCUGGUCUUCUCAACCAAUCCCUCGUGCCAAACCCCACCAACGAGGAUGCAAAUGAGAACAUCACGCUGGAGAUCGUCGUCGCCAGCGCACCGGAGAUCACAAUCAACACUGCAGACGGCGGCCAAGAAGCGCCAACGCUAUCUUACAAGGCCCCGCUCUCGUCGCAGGGUCCAGACUCUGCGCGCGACACUGUCUACGACGAAGUGCCAGUGGACGAUAACUUGACGCUAUGCACUACGCCAUGGCUCUACGCGGACUCGUCGCAGUUCGUUAACAUUGCCGACAUGGGCUGCGAUGACCCCCAACCCGCCCUCAACGAGAACAGAGGGCCUGCAUGGUGGGAAGGUGAAAAUUUUAGUAAUAUCAUGUUUAAUCAAUUUUAG